AUGGCGAAAGAAAACGGCGAGUCCGGCGAUGGGUCGUGGAAAAAGCACGUCGACGACAUCAAGAGUGUGUUCGACUUCAAAGAAGUCCUCGGAACAGGUGCGUUUUCUGAGGUGGUAAUGGCUCGGGAGAAGGUGACUGGAAAGAUGGUCGCCAUCAAGUGCAUCCCCAAAAAAGCUCUAAAAGGGAAGGAGACAAGUCUGGAGAAUGAGAUCGCCGUACUGAGGAAGAUAAAGCAUGAGAAUAUUGUAGCUCUGGAGGACAUUUACGAGAGCUCCAACCACCUGUACCUCAUAAUGCAGCUGGUGUCUGGCGGUGAACUCUUUGACCGCAUUGUGGAGAAGGGCUUCUACACUGAGAUGGAUGCCAGUCGACUCAUCCGACAAGUUUUGGAUGCCGUCAAUUAUCUCCACUCCAUGGGUAUCGUGCACAGAGACCUAAAGCCAGAGAACCUUCUCUACUUCAGUCCACACGAUGAGUCAAAAAUCAUGAUCAGUGACUUUGGCCUCUCCAAGAUGGAGGGGACCGGCGAUGUGAUGGCCACUGCCUGUGGAACUCCGGGAUACGUGGCACCUGAAGUGUUGGCACAGAAGCCGUACAGUAAAGCGGUGGACUGCUGGUCAAUAGGGGUCAUCGCUUACAUUCUGCUUUGCGGCUACCCGCCUUUCUAUGAUGAAAAUGACUCCAAACUCUUUGAGCAGAUCCUUAAAGCAGACUAUGAGUUUGAUGCUCCGUACUGGGACGACAUAUCGGAUUCUGCGAAAGACUUUAUCAGCUGUCUCAUGGAGAAAGUUCCCGAAAAGAGGUUCACCUGCGACCAGGCUCUGGAUCACCCUUGGAUUGCAGGAGGAACGGCACUCUGCAAAAACAUUCAUGAGUCCGUCAGUCGGCAGAUGCGCAAAAACUUCGCCAAAAGCAAAUGGAGGCAAGCCUUCAACGCCACGGCGGUGAUUCGCCACAUGCGACGUUUGCAGUUGGGUACCAGCUUUGGCAGCAGCAUCGCCACCACCAAUUCUGCCACCAGAGCGCCGGCCAAAAGUCAGUCAGUGGACUGUGCCCCACUCACCAUCCAUGACUGUCCUCCAAUGGCCCCCCUGCCAUCCUCGGUCAGUGUUUCCAAUCAGGGUUCAGAAGCGUCUUCACCUUUGCAGGAGGAGCCGCAAUUGGUGGCUGAGCCGAUGAUGCCUCGCCCCUCCACUGUCACUGUCAUUCACACGGGGACUAAAUGA